CGAGCCGAGAGGGACAGACAGCCCAAUUCAGCCUCCCCCCCCUUCUUCCUCCCUGCCUGCUGCCUCUGCCAGCGGAGACGAGCGCGAGAGACGGGGCGGCCGCCGGCGACUUCUCUUGCUUGCGAUCGAGAAGGAGGAGCAGCGCCGCUACCUGCUCGGGUCCCCAAUUUGCUGCUGCUUCGCUUGGUCUUGCUUCCUCAAUUCCCGGCCGAGGCCGCGCCAGAUCUGCCUUCGUCUCCCGCGGCCUGCGCCAUGCGGGUGCUGCCGGCGUCCUGGUCCUCCGCCUCCUCAUCCGCCAAGCCCACCAGCAGCAGCAGCAUCGAGGAGCCUCCUCCUCCUCCGCCUCCCACGGCGGCCGCGGUGUACCUCAACAUCUACGACAUCUCCCCUCUCAACCACUACCUCUACUGGUUCGGGCUCGGCAUCUUCCACUCGGGGAUCGAAGUGCACGGCAUGGAGUAUGGUUUUGGAGCUCAUGAAUACCCAACCAGCGGAGUCUUCCAAGUAGAACCCAAAAGCUGUCCGGGCUUUAUCUUCAGACGCUCAGUCUGCGUCGGUACAACCGAUAUGUCCCCUUCGCAAGUCCGCACCUGCAUAGAGGAUCUCGCUGAGGAUUACCAUGGCGACACUUAUCAUCUCAUUGUCAAGAACUGCAAUCAUUUUACAGCUGAUGUCUGCCAGCGUUUGACCCGCAAGCCAGUGCCCGGGUGGGUCAAUCGACUCGCCAGAUUAGGCUCAUUCUUCAACUGCGUAUUGCCAGAGAGCAUCAAGGUUUCAGCAGUCAGAGAUGUAAACGCGCAUCCUGAUUUUUCUGAUGAUGGCUUGGGGUCCAACGCGUCGAUUGUUGAGGGAAGUGAUGAAGAUGACUUAGACCAACUUCUAAGAACGCCAAACAGCGACGUUGUAUCUUCAAGAGACAAGACAUUUACUCCUGGCAGGGAUAGCUUCUAAUUGACUGCCUCUAUUCUCCAUCGAUUGUAAGCAUUGCCUUUUGGGUUGUCUGCUGAGGAUCAGAGGCAGGUUCUUUGGUAGCGCUGAUGAUCUGGUGAUGGUACCUGCUGUCAAAACUUCAGACCUCCAAGGUGGCUCGCUAGUCGUUCGGUGGUGAUGAAUGAUUGAUUGAUUGAUGUUGCUGUUAUCAGUUCGUGUAGAAGGGUAUAAUGUGAUGAUAAUUGUAUUUGUGGUAUCAUGUGGCAAAGGCCAGGUUAGCCUGCAUAUCAUGGCUGUGCGCGCACGCACGCACGUGUGGGUAAUAUGCUGUAGUGAGAAUGGUGUGACAUACUGUCUGAGUAGUGAGGUCAUCUCAUCUGACCUGUUUUCUUUUUGUUUGACUUUGUACGGUGAAUCGGUGAUGGUGUGUGUGAGUGAUUUCUUCUGUACAAAAAUUAAUUGAUGGAGAUUGAAAUGGUUUUCCAGAUGUGUGUAUAGUA